AUGCAGCUGCUGCUGACCAGCAGUGACCCCAACAACCAGCCCUCGCCGGCUGCUGCCUGCAGAGAGCCAGCAGCUACCGCUGCACCUGGUGCUGGGCUGGAUCCGCCAAGGACAUACCGCGGCUGGCGGGGAUCCCAUAAAAGCAGUCGAACAAAAACAAAAACAAAACUUAGAGUGACACUGAUCACUAUUGGCACAUGGAAUGUGUGCACGUUACUGGACAACAUCACGGCAGACAGACUGGAGAGAAGAACAGCACUUGUCACUAGAGAGCUCGCACGCUACAACAUUGACAUUGCAGCCCUUAGCGAAACUCGCCUUGCUAAUGAAGGACAGCUAUCCGAGACAGGCGUUGGCUAUACAUUCUUCUGGACUGGCCGCAGCAGUGAUGAGAGUCGCAAAUCUGGAGUUGGCUUCGCCAUCAAGAAUCAUCUUGUUCGGAAACUUGCCAGUUCCCCCAAGGGUAUGAAUGACUGGCUCAUGACAAUGCAGCUUUCGCUUUAAAAAGGAAAACAAGCUACUUUGAUCAGCGCAUAUGCUCCUACAAUGACCAACCCAGAGGAUGUGAAGGAUAAAUUCUAUGAAGAACUAGAUACUCUGCUAUCAUCAGUGCACCGCACAGACAAGCUGAUUCUGCUUGGCGAUUUUAACGCAAGAGUCGGAUGCGAUGCUGCAACCUGGGAAGGAGUCAUCGGGAAAAAUGGAGUGGGAAAGUGUAACAGCAAUGGUCUGUUACUGCUGAAAACUUGUGCAGCACAUGACCUUCUGAUCAGCAAUACGGUCUUCCGCCUUCCUACCCAUAACAGGACUUCAUGGAUGCAUCCCCGUUCCAAGCACUGGCAUUUGAUCGAUUAUGUCAUCAUCAGGAGACGGGAUAGACAAGAUGUCAGGGUUACAAAAGCUAUGUGUGGCGCUGACUGUUGGACGGAUCAUAGGCUCAUAGUAUCCAAAAUGAAGCUCCGAAUCAUGAUCAACGUGUCGAAGCUGAAGAACAGUCGCAUCACUGAAAAUCUAGCGGAAGACCUAGAGAAUGAACUUGCUGAUCUUCGUAUUGAGGAUGACGCUGAGAAAGACUGGGAGCGAUUCCGCAACGCUGUCCAUACAGCUGCAUCGAAGGUAUUGGGGCCCUCCACAUGCAGGCGGCAAGACUGGUUUGAUGAAAAUGAUGCAGAAAUCCAGGCCUUACUUGCUGAGAAGCACCGCCUGCAUCGUGCAUAUCAAAACAAUCCAUCCUCAGCGGCAAAGAAGACCCCCUUUAUCAACACUUGCAGAACAGUACAGAACCGACUGCACAAAAUGCGGGACUUGUGGCUGAGCGCCAAAGCAGAUGAAAUACAGGGAACCAUUCCACAAGAAUUUAGAGAUGUGUCCCUCUUGCACCUCUAUAAGAGGAAGGGCAAUCGCCAGAUAUGCAACAAUCACUGUGGAAUCUCGCUGCUUUCUACAGCGGAGAAAGUUCUUGCACGGGUUCUGUUGAACCAAUUGAUCACUCACCUGGAGAAGGGCUUACUGCCAGAAUCACAGUGUGGCUUCCGCAAGGGACGUUGGACUAUUGACAUGAUCCUCGCUGUGCGUUAGCUACAGGAGAAAAGUCAAGAGCAGAAUCGUGAAUUCUACAUAACUUUUGUGGACCUCACGAAAGCAUUUGACUCUGUCAGUCGCCAGGGCCUGUGGAGGAUCAUGUCGAAUUUUGGCUGUCCAGACAGAUUUAUACGAAUGGUACAUCAAUUUCAUCAUGGUAUGAUGGCUCGUGUCCUGGAUGACGGUGAAACAUCUGAGGCCUUCCCAGUCACCAACGGCGUCAAGCAAGGGUGUGUUUUAGCACCCACUUUGUUCAGCAUGAUAUUCUCUGCCACUUUGACUGAUGCCUUUCAACACUGCACUGAAGGAGUAGGCCUGAAGUAUAGAACGGAUGGGAAACUAUUUAAUCUGAGGCGACUGCGUGCCAUCACCAAGGUGAAGGAAACUGUACUUCGAGACUUUCUCUUUGCCGAUGAUUGUGCUCUGAAUGCUAGUACAGAGCCAGAAAUUCAAGCCAGUAUGGACAAGUUUUCAACUGCAUGCAACAACUUCGGUCUCACCAUUAACAUCAAGAAGACUGAGGUCAUGCACCAGCCAGCUCCCCUCGCUUCGUACUCAGAACGAUCCAUCACUGUAAAUGGACAGAGACUUCAGACAGUGGACCACUUCACGUACCUGGGCAGUACCCUUUCCCGAGCAGUGUCAAUCGAUGAUGAAGUAAACUGCAGAAUUGCUAAAGCCAGCUCUGCAUUUGGCCAAUUGCACUCCAAUGUUUGGGAACGUCAAGGGAUCAGCCUACCAAAGAAGCUGAAGGUCUACCGAGCAGUGGUGCUUCCAACUCUGCUACACGCCUACGAGACGUGGACUCUCUAUCGGAGUCAUGCACGAAGGCUCAAUCACUUCCACAUUUCCUGUCUGCGAAAGCUUCUAAAAAUCAGAUGGCAGGACAAAGUGCCCGAUAUUGAUGUCCUUACUAGAGCCAGUCUGCCGUCAGUUUACACAUUGCUGAUGAGAGCCCAGACCAGGUGGGCCGGACAUGUUGUGAGAAUGUCAGAUGAACGCACUAAACAGCUCUUCUAUGGAGAACUCACCCAGGGAAAGCGUUCCCAUGGAGGACAAAAGAAGCGGUUCAAGGACACGCUGAAGACCUUUUUGAUGUCCUUCGAGAUCAACACCCUUCUAGCCAUUGGUUCUUGUUAUGCCUUUCGCCACUGGAUUAAUGAGCCCUUUAGUUCCCAGUAUUUUCUUCCCAAGAAGAUUUUAAGGGCACGUCCAGCCAAAAGAAUUACAAAGUACUUAGUGAAGGUAUCCACCAAAGCAAGAAAAUUUGAUGAUGAGAAGAUAGAUGAAGUGGAAUUGGAAUGCUCUUCUGGUUUCCUCCCAGUGACAAAGCGGUAUAACAUGAUGAAUGUUGUCCCUGCUUUCUCUGGGGUCGUUUCUGCAUGUGAAAUGAUGGGUAUUGAAAUUCAAAUGCAAAUUUAA